AUGAUGUGGGCCCUCUCCAAAGGUGGUGGAUCGUCAACUGGACCUGAUAAUGUGGGGUACCCAUUGCUACAACGACUCCCUUUCUCCAUUAAAAUAUCUCUGCUCGAACUGUUCAACCACGCCUGGGAUUCCGGAACUUUUUCGAAUCAGUGGAAAGAGGGCAUAGUAGUCCCGAUCCCAAAACCAGAAGGAGACCGCUGCAGUCCAGCCGGAUACCGUCCCAUUACUCUGCUAAGUUGCAUAGACAAACUGUUCGAACGAUUAGUCAACCGGCGGUUGACCACAGAACUAGAACAGAAUGGAAGACUGGAUGGUCGUCAGCAUGCAUUCCGCCCGGGUAGAGGCGUUGAGUCCCAUCUAGCACACAUGGAAUCGCUCAUCAAUCUUAAUGAAAACCAGCAUGCAGAGAUAGUCUCACUGGACACAUCCAAAGCUUACGACACUACGUGGAGACCCGCCAUUCUUCAAACCCUGACCAGCUGGAAAAUCUCUGGCCGUAUGCUCCACAUCAUAUCCAGUAUCCUAUCUAACCGAACCUUCCGUGUAUCAGCGAACGGAGCAUCAUCAAUCCGAUGUGUGGCAGAAAAUGGUGUACCGCAGGGCUCCAUUCUGUCCGUCACCCUAUUUUUAGUAGCAAUGGAACCUAUUUUCAAAAUUAUCCCAAUCGAUGUCGAAAUCCUGCUUUACGCGGACGAUGUAUUGCUUGUAGCCAAAGGGUCCAGUUCUGGACAGAUACGACGUCACUUAAGAAAAGCUGUUAAGGCAGUUGUUGAAUGGGCCGGCAGUGUAGGGUUUGAAAUUGCGCCGACCAAGUCAAAACUCCUUCACAUCUGCAACAUACGGCAUCGUAAGCGCGGACUUACCAGCAGUAACGACGAGACGAUGGAACGAGUGCUUGCUCCAACAUACAACGAAGUAAUACGUCAGUCAUCUGGAGCCUUCAGAUCAAGCCCAGUACAGUCAAUUAUGGCAGAAGCAGGCUGCCUGCCGUUUAGAUUAAUGCUAGUCCAGCGACUGUCGCAGAUGGUAGCUCGGCUUACAGAAAAAGAUCCGAAUGUAGCGAACUAUCCGGUAGCCAAAAGAUCAGUAGAACUUUUCCACCAAACCACCGGUUCUCUCCCACCAAGAGCUUGCAAUCUUCAAAGGCUCACUGAUAGAGGGUGGUAUAGCACCAUACCAAAAAUUGACGACGAACUAAAACGAAACAUCAAAGCAGCUGCAUUGAUAGAACGUGCACUCGUAGAGCGUAACAUUACACUUAGCUGGAUUCCAGGACACGCAAGAAUAUCUGGUAACGAAGAAGCUGACAGACUCGCGAAUCAAGGAGGAAUUGUAGACCCAAUGGACAUUCCGAUACCUUCUCAGGAUGUCGUACGCCUCGUAAAGCAGAAACUAUGGAACGUCUGGCAGAGGGAUUGGGAUAGAACCCAGUCACUACUACGCGAGGUCAAGCCAUACGUAACAAAAAGCACUGACCGAAAGUGCGCAUCUGAACAGCGUAUUCUAACCAGACUUCGUAUUGGACAUACCAUCUUUAGUCACGCGUACCUAAUGGAAGUCAACACACCGCCUACCUGCUGUUAUUGCGGAGUACCAAUGACCGUAAAGCAUGUCCUAGUGGAUUGCCGAGGAUACGCCCAGGCACGACAGCAAUACAACAAAUCUAGCCGAUUACAUGAUCAUACUGUCCUCCCUUUCAUACCAUGCCCAAUUUCCAAUGACACAAAUGCCACAACCGUGGUAAACUGUCAAAAAUAA